GUGCUGUUUCACGUAUGGCGCACAUGAAGGCUGGUCUACAAUACAUGGAGUUAAAGGAAGAUGAAGCGAAACGGAGCGUAUUUUAACCUACGCCUAUGCUGCGCUGCAGAUAUCAGCUGAUCGCUCUCGGCGGCGGCUGCACCGUGUUGCACUUUUCAUGAAAAAUAUAACGCGUGCGUGAAAUGAAUGGUCAGGCGCCAAAAAAAAGAGGUGAAAUGAAUGACGAAAGCGAAUUUGCGUAAUUGAGCAAAAUUACGUCGGAACUGCGACUGACGAGAGAGAUCUGGAUUCUUGUGCACAUCUCGUGCACACGUUGCAUCGACGUAUGAAAGAGAUAGCUUGCCAAUCGAUGGAUUUCAGCGCGACGUAGUCGCGAUACCAAACUGUGAUAAAUAGCAGCUUCAGACACUUGGACGGGUCCGCUUUAAGAGUCCAAAGUCCCCGGAGGUUAUAUCGCGAUCGUUGAAUUCAUUUCUAUACCGAAAUGACGCCGAUAUUGUGCAUGCGUGCCGGCCUUGCCGCAGGCCGGAGGCUCCCUUCGCCUAGGGUGGCCAAGGGAAGCUACGCGACGUACGUCCAGGGCCAGUCCCCUCAGCCCCGCGUGCGAGAGUACUUCUACUACAUCGAUCAUCAAGGCAUGCUGUUCCUGGAUGACGUCCGCAUAAGAAACUUCACCUCUUGCUUCAAAGACAAGAAGUUCCUGGCAUUCUUCUUCAAACGCCUGGGUAGAAACAACACCGGACGUUACACGCAGGACUUUCCGUUCUUGUCGAUCUGCGGCCUGGAGAGGAAUUUCGUGCGAUGCGACGACCUGCCGUUGGUCUUCACGAAGGUGAUCCAGAAACGCAACGCGGAGACCGGCGCGGACGAGGACUGGUUCAGUUACGCGCACGCGGACGACUUGUUAAUGGUGCCAUUUGAGCCGCAAAGAUUGUUUAUGAACGUUAAGACGGGAAGAGUGUAUCAUCCCGCGCCGAAGAAAGCGGGUGGGAUCGGCUUGGUGAGAUCCAAUCUGGCGAUCGAAUUCAGCGCUCUGUUCAACUUCGAGAACGGCGAGGGGAAUGCGCCGACGAAGUUUGUCUGGAGAGACAAGCGGCACCAGCUCGAUAUGGAAUGGUACAGAGACAAGCUAUCAUGACUGGGAUGCUCGAA